ACCCCGUUAUCCGGUCUCCCGCAGGCAACACGUCCGAAAUGUACUACUACGGAUCGCAGUUUUGGAUGAACGUCUUCGGGGUCGUCUUGGGAGGCCUCCUCGUCGUCCUGGUCGUCAUCCCGGUCGUCUACCCACUCCGCCUCAUCAGCACAUUUACGAGUACCUCGAGCUGCGAUGGGGCUCACGAUUUCUGCGGAAGAUGGUGACGGUGCUCCAGCUGGCCAACAUGUUCCUCUACCUCGGCAUCGCUCUGUACGCGCCCUCGCUCGCCCUCUCCUCCGUCACGCCCAUCCCCACCAACCUCUCCAUCGUCGUCCUUGGCCUCGUCUGCACCUUCUACGCGUCCGUUGGAGGAGCGAAGGCAGUCGUGUACACCGACACCUUCCAGACCCUCGUGAUGGUCGUCGGGGUGAUCGUGGUCAUCGUCCAGGGCUGCGUGGAGGUCGGGGGAGGCCCUGCGGUGUGGGAGAUCAACCAAGAGAACGGGAGGAUUGAGUUCUUCAACAUGGACCCGAAUCCCCUCGUGCGACACACUUUCAUGACGACGACCAUUUUGGGGAUCUUCAUGUCCAUCAGCAUGCAGGGGACGUCCCAGGCCCAGUACCAGCGAUGGGCGUCCGUCGAGAACAUCAGACAAGUCUACCUAGUGAUGGCUAUCAACAUCGCUGGCUUGGUGGUCCUUUGGUCUCUCAUAAAUUUCGCUGGUCUGGUGGUCUUCGCUGUCUACGCUGACUGUGACCCUUAUUCAGCAGGGUUGAUUCAGAAGAUAGACCAGGUCACGGCUUACUUCGUCGUGGACAAGCUCGGUUACCUGAAGGGGAUUCCAGGACUCUUCGUGGCCGCGGUCUAUAGUGGAGUUCUCAGCUCAGUUUCGUCCAACCUCAAUGCCAUGGCUGCCAUGGUAUGGGAAGAUUUACUGCUCGCCUUCAAGACUUUCAAGAACUACACUCCGACGAAAGCCAAAAAUGCAAAUGUCAUCAUAUCCAUGCUCAUCGGCGUGCUCUCCACCGUCCUGGGCGUCCUGGCUGGGAAAAUGGGCGGUCUCGUGCAGGUUGCUUACUCAAUUGCGGGGGGUUUGGGCGGCCCCAUCUCCGGGGUUAUACUGACUGGGAUCCUGUGCCCCUGGGUCAAGGCUGGGAGCGCCAUUUCGGGUUUCCUCUGCGGGGUCGCCUUCAACUUGUGGAUAGUGAUUGGGAAUUUCUUGUACGCCCCUCCGACGCCCCUGCUGCCUCUCUCGACCGACGGCUGCCCCGGGGCCAACGCCACCGCCACGCCCCUCACGUCCACUGUGGCCUUCGCGACGACCACGACAGACCCGGGACCUUCUGAGCCCGAGGAGGUGUUCCCUCUGUACCUUCUCUCCUACUGCCUGUUCGGGUUCAUUGGCAUUCUGAGCACCAUCGUCAUGUCGAACUUGGCCACCUGCGUCUUCGGAGUGUCCGAAAAGUCAGAUGCUUUAGAAAAAACAGUAAACAAAACUAGCCUGAGAAUCUACUACUGGAUGACCUCAAAAUCGGACAGUUCCUCCCUCAACAGUGACACAGAAAACGGGAGCAAGAUGGGAGACUUCGGUAUUUCCAAGGACAGCGUUAAAACGAGCAAACCGCAUACGGGUACUGGCGAAAAGCAUGGUGUAGAAAAUCCGGUGACGGUCGACGAUGCAUUAUGAAGAGUCAGUUUUUAAAACCCAGAACUCGAGCGAUUAGUUUCAACCAGAAUCCUUUUCGAAUCAUGAGACUUUUCGAGGCCAGUAUUAGGUUAAGAUAUAUAGCCGACGAUUAUACCCUUGUUCGAUUAUUUCGAAGGAUAAUCAGAAUGUGAGAUAUUGUUCUUUAUCUGUGCGUGAAGCUAACAAUUGUAAAAUUAUUUGGGACCGAAGGCCGGGCCAAUUACCCUGUGACGUCACUGAUAGAGGAACGAACAGUAUUCAUUGUGACAAAUGUAAAAAGAAAAUAUGGAUGGGGUGUAAAUAUCGUGUGCUCUGCGAAUAUUAAUUCUCAUUCUUGUCUUUUUUAUGGGCAGAUGACUAACUGUGAUUUAUGUAGUCUAUUUAUUUAUAUAUCUAUAUAUAUGUGCGUAUACUAUAUAUGGUUAAAUAUAUAUGCACACACACACACACUCACACACACACACACGUAUGUAUGUGAUGAAUAUAUUUUUCAUUUGAUUCCCCAGUGAAUUUAUAUAUGAUAUAUUGAAUACACAAUGGUAUGUUGAAUAAACCAUAUUUAUUACUGAUGUUAAA